AUGGCUGUGUCUUUGGAGAAGCACGGCAAUGGCCAACCACGGUUUCCAGGGUGUUCAAACAUCAGCGAAUAUACAUUUGUUGGCAAGCUCGGAGAAGGCACCUUCGGUGAGGUCUACAAGGCAAAGUCCAAGAAAGACUCCACCACUGUGGCGCUGAAGAAGAUUCUUAUGCAUCAUGAGAAGGAAGGCUUCCCAAUCACAGCUAUCCGAGAGAUCAAGCUCAUGAAGGCACUAUCACAUCAAAACAUACUACAGCUCAGAGAAAUGGCCAUCGAGCGAGGCAAAGGCGAAGGGCGCAAAAAGCCAAGCAUGUACAUGGUUUUCCCAUACAUGGAACAUGACCUGGCAGGACUUUUGGAAAAUCCUUCAGUCCAUUUCAGUGAACCACAGAUAAAAUGUUACUUGAUGCAGCUUCUUGAAGGGCUCAAGUAUUUGCAUGGACAACGCAUCCUGCAUCGUGAUAUGAAAGCUGCAAACUUAUUGAUCAGCAACGGCGGAAUUCUUCAAAUUGCUGAUUUCGGUCUUGCUCGGCCCUAUGAGGAUGCACCUCCACUUCCUGGGAAAGGCGGAGGGGAUUCCACGAGGGAGUACACCGCGCUUGUUGUCACAAGAUGGUACCGUCCACCUGAGCUGCUGCUGCAACUUCGAAAGUACACUACAGCCAUCGACCUGUGGGGAGUUGGCUGUGUGUUUGGUGAAAUGUUCAAGGGGAAGCCUAUUCUCACCGGAAACAGUGACCUGAACCAAGCACAAUUAAUCUUCAACCUCGUGGGUACUCCUACUGAGGAAAAUAUGCCCGGAUGGAGCCAACUCCCCGGAUGUGAGGGAGUUAAGAAUUUUGGAUACAAGCGUGGCAACCUUUCUGGUUUCUUCCAAGAAUUGAGCCCGACCGCUGUAUCACUACUGGGCGAGCUCCUCCGCCUUGACUGGAGGAAACGAAUCAAUGCAAUGGAUGCGCUCAAGCACCCCUAUUUCACUACACCCCCACUCCCCGCCAGACCCGGGGACAUCCCGCAAUUCUCAGAUUCCCACGAGCUUGACCGCAAGAAGUUCCGCAGCCAGCGGCCGCCUGUGCCACCCGUUCCCCCAGGCGUCUCAGAUGCCCCACCCAAUGGGGCCUGGCCAACCUCCGGCUCUCGGGGCCCGGAUUCGCGACACGGCCGUCCCCCAGGGCCUGGCCGCGGAGGUAGACCACCUCCGCCAGGAAAUCACACAAAUCCUCAACGUCGUGCCCCCUUCCCGCCUUCAAGAGAGACCGGUCUUCCUCCACGCCCUCCUGUGCCUUCCAAUCAGCCAUGGGAGGGGUCUCAAUCCAACCGACCUGACGGAAGAGACGACCGACGAGGACAAUUUCCUCCAAGGAGCUCAGGAGCAGGCAGGCCAACUAAUAAUUUGGACUCAUAUGUCCCUAAAUACAACGACCGCAAUGAUCGCCCAAGAGACUCGGGGGAGCAUGGCUCUUCAAAUCCCGACUGGCGUGCAUCGGGCCGUCGCGAUUACAGACGUGAGCCAUCAAGGAGAAGAAGCCGGAGCCCCAGUUUUAGAGAUGGGAGUCGAGGUUGA